AUGAGACGUGAUCUAUUUGUGAGGAUUCUGAAUGGUAUUGAAGAACAUAAUCCCUACUUUGUUCAAAAGCUAGAUGCAUGCCAGGUACGUGGACUAUCCUCCCUUCAAAAAAUGACAUCCUCAAUGAGAAUGCUUGCCUAUGGAAUGCCAACUGAUGCGACUGAUGAGUACUUAUGUUUAGGAGAAAGCACUACAAUUGAAUGCUUCAACCAUUUUUGUCAAUCGAUUAUCGAAAAAUUUGGCAAUGUGUAUUUAAGAUCUCCAACGGCAGAUGACGUUAGUAAAUUGCUUGCUAUUGGGGAGGCUCGCGGAUUUCCCAGAAUGUUAGGAAGUUUGGACCUCAUGCAUUGGGAGUGGAAGAAUUGUCCGACGACAUGGAAAGGUGCCUAUUGUGGUCAUGCUAAAAAACCUACCAUGAUUCUUGAAGUCGUUGCUUCUUAUGACUUGUGGAUUUGGCAUGCCUUUUUUGGAAUGCCGGGAUCCCACAAAGAUCUCAAUGUCUUAGAUCGUUCUCCUCUUUUUGAUGAACUUGUCCAAGGGCGAGCUCCUCCCGCUAAUUACUUUGUCAAUGGACAUGCCUACAAUAUAGGAUACUAUCUAGCGGACAACAUAUAUCCUCCAUGGGCAACAUUGGUUCAAACUAUUUCGUCUCCUCCAGGAGCCAAAAAAUAG